AUGACCGGGCCGGACGUGUGUGCUGCAGGCUGCCUGACGUUCUUCUGCCCGUGCGUCGUCUUCGGGAGGAUCGCCGAGAUCGUCGACAUGGGCGCCACAUCUUGCUGUGCGAGCGGGACGGUGUACGCCGCGCUGGCGUCGAUGACGGGGAUGGGCUGCCUCUACUCCUGCGGCUACCGCUCCAGGCUGCGGGAGCAGUACCGGCUCAAGGAGACGCCCUGCGGCGACUGCUGCGUCCACUGGUUCUGCGAGGCCUGCGCGCUCUGCCAGGAGUACCGCGAGCUCAAGUCCCGCGGCUUCGACAUGGCCCUCGGAUGGCAGGCCAACAUGGAGAAGAUGGGGAAGACCAUGGCGCCGCAGACGCACGCGGGGAUGACUCGCUAGAGCAUCCAUGCGGCCACCGACGAUGAAUCCAUUCCAUGGUCGUCAAUGUCAGCUUCCAGCUCAAGAUGAAGAAUGCCACCAGUGUACGGCGUCUACUUAUGUCUUGUCGCGAGUCGGUUUGUGUUUGUGAUCGAUGUGUAGUGUGCCUUUCUGUUGUUGUAAAUCGUCGUUUCCCAUCCGUCCACCUCCACCAUCUGUGAUGUUUAUGUGGACAUUUGAAUAAAAGAUGUAUC